AUGAUUAUCGACGGGGAGAAGUACGCCUGUGAGGCCUGCGUUCGGGGUCACCGUGUUAGCAAUUGCCAACACUCUGAUCGUCCCCUUCAACAUAUUAACAAGAAGGGUCGCCCCGUCUCCCAAUGUCAACACUGUCGGUCGAUGCGCAAGUCACGCUCUGCCCACAUCAAGUGCGAUUGUGGUGAGAAGACAAGCAAAUGCGCUCACCUGCAGCCUUUGGCCGACGGCCAUAGAGAGACUUGUUGCUGCAACCAUGGUGGUCGCUGCACUUGUAGCCACAAGAAAGAACCAGCCCUCGACACUGUCCCCGAAUCCGACUCCGACAAGGAAGCCAUCGCUCCUCGGCCGAAGCCGCCCGUCCGCAGGCGGCGUGCGAACACGGUCCAUUCUGAUGGCAUGUUAACCUUUGACGAGCACGGCCAUCACAAACCAGCACACAAGCUCAACAAGGCUUCUCAGAAGUGCGGACCUUAUCAACUCAACCGUGUCAAUUCCUUGCACAGCACCAGCAGCUUGGGCAGCCACUCUCCGGAGCGCAUCAGUGACAACCCUCUCAAGGAUCCCGUAUCCGGCCGCGUCGCACCUCUUCCACAGAGACUAGUCAAGUCUGAAGCUGCUUCUCCACUCAUGAGAGGUUCAUCUGGUUUCCAGCAACUCAACAACCAGCUUCCGCCCCUUGAUCUUUCUGGUAUUGAGUACCCGACAUAUGUACCCAACGCCUCUUUCGACCUGUUUGGCGGAUCGGGAAUGUCGUCGGAUCACGAUGCGCCGAUCUUUAGUGCCGGGCUGAGCGCUGCGUCCGUGGAUUGGAGCCAUAUCGAUCUCACUGACAGGACGGACAACUUUGCUCCCUCAAGUUACAGCCAGGCUGGCGCUCAGAGCUUCAAUGGCAUUUUCGAUUUUGGUACGGGCUCCGAGCCAGCUCCCACCCUCGCCGCGACGACUUCGACGUCUGGGGAGGUCUCUGAAGUAGAGGACAACUUCAUCGCUGGCGACAGUGACUACGACGGCUUCGGCACUGGAAGCAACAGCUUUAUUCACCCAGCGAGUUUCCUUGCUGCUGGAGCAGACCUGAGCACGAUUGACUACGACAGCUUCGCCAAAUCAUCGAACAACAAGUUCAUGGCAGCACCUUCUUCAUUUGAUGACGGCGGCCCGAUUGCUGGCGGCUCUCUCACUUUUGACGACGACCCAGCGUUCUGGGGUCAGCAAUUCAACGACGGCAUCGCCACAUACCAAGAGUCGCCAGAUGGCCUGCCGCAGUUUCAGCCGGAACCCUGGACGAUGCCGUAG